AUGGAGACCAGGACCAGGGGAGACCAGGACCAGGGGAGAACCAGACCAGGGGAGACCAGGACCAGGAGACCAGGACCAGGGGAGACCAGGACCAGGAGAGACCAGGGACCAGGAGGAGACCAGGGACCAGGAGACCAUGACCAGGAGACCAGGACCAGGAGACCAGGACCAAUGGAGACCAGGACCAGGAGACAGGACCAGGAGACCAGGACCCAGGAGACCAGGACCAGGGAGACCAGGACCAGGAGAGACCAGGACCAGGAGACCAGGACCAGGGGAGACCAGGACGACAGGGAGACCAGGACCAGGGGAGACAGGACCAGGGGAGACCAGGACCAGGAGGAGACCAGGACCAGGGGAGACCAGGACCAGGAGAACAGACCAGGACCAGGGGAGACCAGGACCAGGAUAGACCAGGACCAGGGGAGACCAGACCAGGAGACCAGGACCAUGGGGAGACCAGGACCAGGGGAGACCAGGACCAGGAGACCCAGACAGAGGAGAGACCAGGACCAGGGGAGACCAGGACCAGGGGAGACCAGGACCAUGGGAGACCAGGACCAGGAGAGACCAGGACCAGGGGAGACCAGGACCAGGGGAGACCAGACCAGGAGAGACCAGGACCAGGACCAAGACCAGGACCAAUGGAGACCAGGACCAGGGGAGACCAGGACCAGGAGAGACCAGGACCAGGAGAGACCAGGACCAGAGAGACCAGAGACCAGGACCAGAGCCAAUGGAGACCAGGACCAGCGGCUGGGCAGUGACACAGAGGCACUGGGCAGCGACACAGAGGCACCGGGCAGCGACACAGAGGCACCGGGCAGUGACACAGAGGCACCGGGCAGUGACACAGAGGCACCGGGCAGUGACACAGAGGCACUGGGCAGUGACACAGAGGCACUGGGCAGUGACACAGAGGCACUGGGCAAGGCACCGGGCAGGGACACAGAGGCACUGGGCAGCGACACAGAGGCACCGGGCAGUGACACAGAGGCACCGGGCAGUGACACAGAGGCACCGGGCAGUGACACAGAGGCACUGGGCAGUGACACAGAGGCACUGGGCAGUGACACAGAGGCACUGGGCAGUGACACAGAGGCACUGGGCAGUGACACAGAGGCACCGGGCAGGGACACAGAGGCACUGGGCAGUGACACAGAGGCACCGGGCAGUGACACAGAGGCACCGGGCAGUGACACAGAGGCACUGGGCAGUGACACAGAGACACUGGGCAGUGACACAGAGGCACCGGGCAGUGACACAGAGGCGCCGGGCAGUGACACAGAGGCGCUGGGCAGUGACACAGAGACGCUGGGCAGUGACACAGAGACGCUGGGCAGUGACACAGAGACGCUGGGCAGUGACACAGAGGCGCUGGGCAGUGACACAGAGGCGCUGGGCAGUGACACAGAGGCGCUGGGCAGUGACACAGAGACACUGGGCAGUGACACAGAGGCACCGGGCAGUGACACAGAGGCGCUGGGCAGUGACACAGAGGCACUGGGCAGUGACACAGAGAUACUGGGCAGUGACACAGAGGCACUGAGUGUAGGAGACGGCCAGAGGAACAUAGACAACAGGAGCUUUGAUCGUUUAUUACUGACCAUGUCCGUGUGUAGUUCGAACGCUGUUUCACUAAUAAAGAACGUUUCCCUCUACCUGUCCGGUCUUGCUACACGGGGCCGUUUCAAACUGAGGUGA